CCCAUUUCCCUCCCAAUUCCUACAACAACCGGUACAAAGGAUCAAAAUGACAAGAUCCACCCCUCAAUCACGAUUCUGUCUCCUUACCUACCCCCGAACAGGCUCCAAUCUUCUCGUCAAGAUCCUCAACCUCGACAACCAGCCCACCCUCGUCCCUUGCAAGGAUGGAGGGUACUUCUUUGCGCGGCUCAGUCUUCUCCGCUACGACAUGGGCUGUGCAGGGGCCCACAUCAAGGACCUACGCGAUGAUCAACGCGCACAGGAAACUGCCUGCAUUCAGGAGUGUCUCCAAGCGUUGACUCAGUACGUCCAUGAUGCGGAGAAUCAAGACAAGGGGAUAUUCUUCAAGGAGCACACGCACAUGCUCAGCAAUCCAGUUGCAAAGUCCCAGUUUGUUUUUGGAGCAGAUAGCAUCGACGAGGCGGUUCUAGUAUCGCAACGGGCGGAAGGUCAAUCGCCAUACAACGAGACCCUCCUUCCAGACAGGUUUCUCAAUACACUGAGGCCGACCUUCUUGAUCCGCCACCCGGCACUUGCCUUUCCCUCAUACUACCGUGCGGCGCGCAAAGCCGAUGGUGACGAGUAUCUUCGUUCUGAGCAGGGGAGGCGAGUGUGUCGGAAUAUUAUGACGCUGCGUUGGAGUCGCCAACUCUAUAACUUCUACGUGCAGCACUUCAAUGGAACCGAGACCUCCACUCGAAACGAGAUCACGUGGCCUCUGAUUUUGGAUGCAGAUGAUAUUAUGACCAACCCGGCGGUGGUGAUCCGGUUCUGCGAAAAUUUGGGACUAGACACCACGCGACUGCGGUUCCAAUGGGACAAGGACGAGCAGAAGAGACGGCCAGGCAUUAUGGCCUUUCGGUCGACGAUCGAUGGAUCUACUGGGAUUGACGUCUCUAAGGCCUCUGGGGAGAACAUCGAUCUUGAUGAAAGUGCUAAGCAGUGGAGGGAGGAGUUUGGGGGGGAUUCGGGGCAGGUGAUUGAGAUGUAUGUGCGGGAGGCGAUGGCUGAUUAUGAGUUCUUGAAGGAAAGAAGGUUGAGAGCAUAA